CCGAAACGUCUUGUCGUUUGUUUUGAUGUAGUCCAGUGGGCUCAAAUAAAGAGCUUGUUUAAAGACACUUGUCUCUCCUCUAUCGGCAUGUUUGUGCCUCAUCAGCAGAUUAGGAAUUGAAGCCGUGAAUGCAUUUAUGUGACAUCUUUGUGAACAUCUGACUUCAGCUGCUCCUUAAAUGGCACUGUCAGAUGUACCAUGUCUUUUAAUCGGUUGUUCCGUGGUCUUCUUCCAGCUCCUGACUCCUUCACCCCCAAAAAGUUCUUCCAGCUGUGUGGUCUGACAAAGAAAAGCCCUCAGGAAGUGAAGAAUGUCUUUAACAUCUUGGACAACGACGCCAGCGGAUUCAUCGAGGAGGAAGAGCUCAAGUUUUUCUUGCAGCGGUUCUCAGCUGGUGCUCGUGUGCUGACCGACAAAGAGACAAAGGCUUUCCUAUCAGCAGCUGACGAUGACAGCGAUGGCAAGAUUGGAGUGGAUGAGUUCCAGGCGAUGGUUCUGUCCUGAAUGAUCGGUACACAGCUCUCCCCUCUCUUGUACUCAGAUUUCAUUUCAAUUCAGCAGUCCCGCCACUCGAUACACAGGUUUUUUUGCUCCCGGGGACCCCCUGGUCAAUAGAGUCCACACAAGGCAGACGCAUAAAGUUUUUAUUUGAUUUUUGAAUAUGUAGAGGGGCGCACAUGGGCACUGACCAAAUGUAAAACUACCUGAAAAUUAUUACUGAAGUGAAUAAAUAAAUGGCUCAAAAUAUUU